UGAUUGUCUUUCAAAUGGCAUGUGGAUAGAUUAAUAUAUACUCAGUUCAAAUUAGGCUUUUGGCCCAAUUACUGUUUUAUCCAUGUGCACUUUCUACCCGAUGCUAUUUGUGAUGACUGUCAUGGGCUUGUGUGUCAGCUGUCUGAGGAAAAUGACAGUGGCUGCCGUAAACGUAGAACCAAGGUUUUCAUUUGGCUGAAGAGGUGGCCUAGAUUUCAUAUGUUGAAUCCCCUGAGCCCUGUGGAAUAAAACCGGACCUGUCUUAAGCUGACCGCUCUCUGUGUAACUCUUUUAGAACAAGAUGCAAAGUUUUGUUCUUACGACUUGUAUUUCAGUGCGUACAUCUUAAGGUAGACAUCUUUUAAAAAGCAGUUUAUUCUUUUUUGUUUCUCUGGUUUUGGUCUUUCAUCUUGGAUUUCUUCUCCUGCACUUCCUGGACCACUGUAGAAGCAUCGUGCGCCCCGAAACAAGUCACCGGGCCAGCCCGUUCAAGCUGCAGAUCUGUCUGCCAUCCUUGUCCAAGAGUCUCUUCAUCCUCUCCGUCUGCAGGGAAUGCAUCUCGCGUCAGCAUACUGGAGGAGCAUGAAAGAAUCUGUGUAGAAGUUUCAGAAGUAGGGUUCCUAUAGACCCUGAGCAAACCAGAGUGGACUCCAGCCUGCGCAAAUGAGCUUGAAACAGGAGUGGUUUGGGGUUCAGGCCUCUUACACUGAAUUUCUCUACUGCCACCCUUUCUACUCAAGCAAACUCUGCAAGGAAAGAUCUGCUGGGAAGGGAGUGGCUGCCUGUGGCUUUGCACUGUGAUGAAAGCAAAUGGUACAGGAGACUCCCCGGAGAAGGCUCUGUGGCGUGCGGUGCUCCUCUAUCGAUCGGUGACACCACUGUGCUAUAGUGGGUGGAUGAGGUCAUUCUUAUCCGGUUACUCUCGUCGCUGACCUUGAGGCCUCCCAGUUUUCCAAAGAAAUUAGACCAAAACUUUCUUCUUGAGAAGAAACCAACCUGCUGUUGGCAGAGGGUGUUUCUCAUCCUCUCUGUGAAAGGAAGAAAGACAACACCGGAACCUGCGGCCCAGCAGCUGAGGGACGUUUCCAUGGUGAAGUCUCGGGGAGGCUUCCUGGGAGCAGAGCACAGUGGAUGCUAAUCCGGAGCUGCUACUGCCAGCUGAGCGAACCCACGGGGAGAUGAUUCCUCAUGAAGGGCCUGGAUCCCCUACAGAAAUCCCAUGUGACUCUCUGUUUAUCAGACUGAAAUCCGAGCCAGCCAGCCAGUGAAACAGCCACCGUGGAGGGGGGACGGCGAAAAAUGAAAUCCAACCAAGAGCGGAGCAAUGAAUGCCUGCCUCCCAAGAAACGUGAGAUCCCCGCCACCAGCCGGCCCUCUGAGGAGAAGGCCACCGCUCUGCCCAGCGACAACCACUGCGUGGAGGGUGUGGCAUGGCUCCCCAGCACCCCUGGCAGCCGCGGCCACGGGGGUGGGCGGCAUGGGCCAGCAGGGACUUCCGGGGAGCUUGGUUUACAAGGAAUGGGUUUACAUAAAUCACUGUCCGCAGGGUUGGACUACUCCCCACCCAGUGCCCCCAGGUCAGUUCCCACAGCCACCACGCUGCCCACGGUGUACCCUCCUCCUCAAUCGGGGACCCCGGUAUCUCCGGUGCAGUACGCCCACCUGUCACACACCUUCCAGUUCAUUGGCUCCUCCCAAUACAGUGGGCCCUACGCUGGCUUUAUCCCUUCCCAACUAAUCUCCCCGUCAGGCAACCCGGUCACCAGUGCAGUGGCCUCAGCUGCAGGGGCCACCACUCCAUCACAGCGCUCCCAGCUGGAGGCCUAUUCCACCCUGCUGGCCAACAUGGGCAGUCUGAGCCAGGCGCCAGGACAUAAGGUUGAGCCCCCACCGCAGCAGCACCUCAGCAGGGCUGUUGCAGGGAUGGUCACCCCAGGGUCCCCUCCACCCACCCAGCAGAACCAGUACAUUCACAUUUCCAGCUCUCCGCAGAGCUCUGGGCGGGCAGCAUCUCCUCCCCCCCUCCCGGUCCACCUCCAUCCCCAUCAGACGAUGAUCCCGCACACGCUCACCCUGGGGCCCUCGUCCCAGGUGGUCGUGCAAUACAGCGACGCCGGAGGCCACUUUGUUCCUAGAGAGUCCACCAAAAAAGCAGAAAGCAGCAGGUUGCAGCAGGCUAUGCAGGCCAAGGAGGUCCUGAAUGGGGAGGUGGAGAAGAGUCGGAGGUAUGGGGCACCAUCCUCUGUGGAGCUAAGCCUGGGCAAGGCAAGCGGCAAGUCAGUGCCUCAUCCCUAUGAGUCCCGGCACGUGGUGGUCCACCCGAGCCCAUCAGACUACAGCAGUCGUGAUACCUCUGGGGUCCGUGGAUCUGUGAUGGUCCUGCCCAACAGCAACACACCCUCAGCCGACCUGGAGACGCAGCAGGCCACACAUCGAGAGGCCUCCCCGUCCACCCUCAACGACAAGAGCGGCCUGCAUUUAGGGAAGGCCAGCCACAGGUCCUAUGCACUGUCCCCCCACACGGUCAUUCAGACCACACACAGUGCAUCAGAGCCUCUCCCGGUGGGCCUACCAGCCACAGCCUUCUAUGCUGGGACUCAACCUCCUGUCAUCGGCUACCUGAGUGGCCAGCAGCAAGCAAUUACCUAUGCCGGCAGCCUGCCUCAGCACCUGGUGAUCCCGGGCACCCAGCCUCUGCUCAUCCCAGUGGGCAGCCCUGACAUGGACACCCCUGGGGCAGCCUCGGCCAUAGUCACAUCAUCACCCCAGUUUGCUGCAGUGCCUCACACGUUUGUCACCACCGCCCUGCCCAAGAGUGAAAACUUCAACCCCGAGGCCCUGGUCACCCAGGCCGCCUACCCAGCCAUGGUGCAGGCCCAGAUCCACCUGCCGGUGGUGCAGUCGGUGGCGUCCCCUGCCACGGCGCCGCCCACGCUGCCGCCAUAUUUCAUGAAAGGCUCGAUCAUCCAGCUGGCCAACGGGGAGCUGAAGAAGGUGGAGGACCUGAAAACAGAGGAUUUCAUCCAGAGUGCAGAGAUUAGCAAUGACCUCAAGAUCGACUCCAGCACGGUGGAGAGGAUUGAGGACAGUCACAGUCCCGGUGUGGCCGUGAUACAAUUCGCUGUUGGUGAACAUCGAGCCCAGGUCAGUGUUGAAGUUUUGGUAGAGUAUCCUUUUUUUGUGUUUGGACAGGGCUGGUCAUCCUGCUGUCCUGAGCGAACCAGCCAGCUCUUCGAUCUGCCGUGUUCCAAACUCUCCGUUGGGGAUGUCUGCAUCUCGCUCACCCUCAAGAACCUGAAGAAUGGCUCUGUUAAAAAGGGCCAGCCUGUGGACCCUGCCAGCGUCCUGCUGAAGCACGCGAAGACGGACAGCCUGGCUGGCAGCAGACACAGAUAUGCUGAGCAAGAAAACGGAAUCAACCAGGGAGGCACCCAGGUACUCUCUGAGAAUGGUGAACUGAAGUUUCCAGAAAAAAUUGGAUUGCCUGCAGCACCCUUCCUCACCAAAAUAGAACCGAGCAAGCCCACAGCCACGAGGAAGAGGAGAUGGUCAGCCCCGGAGACCCGCAAACUGGAGAAGUCAGAGGACGAGCCACCUUUGACUCUUCCCAAGCCUUCGCUCAUUCCUCAGGAGGUUAAAAUCUGCAUCGAAGGCCGAUCUAAUGUGGGCAAGUAGAGACAGUGCCGGCAGCGGAGGCCUGGGCCUCCCUUGCUGUCUGUAUCCCAAUUACUGUACUGUAGGCUAAAUAACACAGUAUUUACAUGUUAUCCUAUUACUUUAGGUUUGUGUUCUAACCUUGUCAUUAGAGUCACACAGGUGUGUCGCAGGAGACUGGUGCAUUUGCAAUGUCUGCGAGUGUCUGUUGAGCUGGCGGGGUGAAGAGGGGUUAGAACCGUGGCCAUGGAGCUCCCGGGCAUCCUAGGUGGCCCUGAAUGUGGCUUUUUCAGAACCUGCCUUCUCCAGCAGCACAGAGCCAAGGGGCAUCAGUUCUCACUGGUUUCAAGAGCAAAUUCAGUGGGAAGUGACCUGCAAGGGUGUCUGGGUGUGUCCCUGUGAAGGGGUGCGUGGGCGCCAUGGUAGCGAGUGACGGUCCCUUUUUCUGCCUCCCUCUCCCAUGCUUGCUCACUCUCGGCAUGGGAUUGGGGGACCUGGGUUUCCUACAUGCAAAGUCAUCCUCAGGAACCCGAUUUCAGGGCAUCAUGGGGAGGCGUCAGAUGACAAACAGGAAACUAGUUUCAAAGAACGUGGUUCUCUCCAACAUAUUUUACAAUAAAAAGCAACUUUUAAUCAUAUAUAUAUAUAUAUAUAUUUCCCCCCAUGGGGCCUGACUGCACUGAGAUUUUUUUUUUUAAAGCAGCUGCCACGCGUGGGAUUUCCUUUCUGCUUUACCAGUCCAGUGACUCAGUGACGUCAUCAGGUGUCAUGUCAUGGUGGGCAGGUCACCCCUGGUCAGGGGGGUGGCAGUGGGGCUGGGGGACGGAAGGAGUACCCACACUGGUCUCUGUGCAGUGUUAGGAAAACCAAUCAGGUUAUUUGCAUUGACUUUUGCUCCCAGAAAGAAAAUGAAGCUCCCCUCCGGAGAGAGGCAGGCAGCUCUCGGAGCUGAGCCGGCAGCUUCUUUUCCGUCUUUUAGGUCUAGUACUGUUUCUAGUUCAUGACUAUGGACAACUCCGGUGCCACCUUUCUCUCUCUCUCUCUCUCUCUCUCUCUCUCUCUCUCUCUCUCUCUCUCUCUCUCUCAAUCCCAGUGUGACACGGAGAAUUAGAUCCGGAAGACGCACACCUGUUACUAAUCUUCAGCCGUCUAAAGUGCUGUGCAGACUUUUCUUAGCCAAACACCUUGGUCUGUCAGUCGGCGAGAGUACUGUAUCUAACUUGAAACUCUUUGGCAAGAAAAGACAAGCCUAAGUUGCUUUUGAUUUUUUUUUUUCAACACUGUAACUACUUUUCAGCUCUGCAGGACUGCUCACGAGCCAGAAAAGCUCCAAUCUGGUGUAAAGGGAUGAAUGUGAAUUAUGAACUAGUACGUGACAGUAGAUGACCACCAAGUACUACGGCAGGCACUUGUCACUUUGGUGUUGGAGAAAGAGCUAAAGGCACAUGCAGAGUUGGCAGAGGAACUGGGAAAACACAGGGAGAAAAAGACACUCGUUUUUGUCCAGUGUUUUUAGGGUGAGCUCCUAAAGAACUUUGCGAUUUGCACAUCUUGAGAUUUUAGUUUGUGUGAUAUUCCUGCAGUUUUUAUCCAAUAACGUUGUGGGAAAGGUUUGGGGGGGGGGUUGUCGAACGAGCAUAAAUAAAUGUAGCAAAAUUACUUUCUAACCUGCCUAGACCCUAGGCCAUUCUUAGAAGGUUCUGUUCCUUUCAGGGUCAUUUUGUCACCUGCCACAUCUGUCAUGAGAAGUCAGGUCUGAGAAUUUUUUUCAGAAUCACUGAGAGUUUCCCAUAUAGACAUUUUAUACAUGUGAGCAAGUGGGAUUUUUUGUUUGUUUGUUUCUGGAAAAAAUGUGUUAAUAUUAUUUUUCAGAAUGAUUUUUUUUUCUAUUUGAAAUCAAACCAAGAUUUAAUGUUUGGUACAAAAACCCAGAAAGGGUGUUUCAUGAAGUCACAAGUUUUCAUUCCCAGAGAUCAAAAUAUCAUUUGCGGGUUCUGAGUGUGUCUUAAAGUGCUUUAAACCGAGUUUUAUAAAUAGAAAGAAGUUUUUAAAUAUUCUUACUUGGUUGCAACUAACCCAAAUAAGUACUUAUUUGGCUUUUCUUUUAACCAUUAAAAAACAAAAAGGACUUCUUCUAUUUCUCAAAUUAGAAAAAAAAAGAGACCUCUUCUCCCUCAUUCAACCCAAACGUUGGCUAUCCAGUCUGCACUCACAGUGGCUCUCAUUGCGACUGAUGGGUUUUUUUUGUGGUUUUUUUUUUUUUUUUCUGGGAUGUACCAAAAACCUUUGAGUAGGUUCAGAAUAGCUGGCCUCUCCCUAAACUUCAUGACCCUCCCAGCACCUAGCAGAGCUGGGCGGGCCCAUUCUUGCAGUCACAUUGCUUAGUCAGUGCUGUGAUUUUUCUUUCUAGAGACCUUGCUUAAUCUUCCAUAUAUUCUGCUCAGGGCACUUGCACUUAUUAGGGUUUUCUUUUUCUUUUAUUUUUAUUGUGUGUCUUGUUUUAAUCUUUGAUGGUAAGAGGACUAGGAGGCCACCGCAGGGGUGCUGGGUGGCACGAUUUACAACAGCUCCCAUGAGCUCAGACAACACAUGCACCACUUUCUGGCUUAUUUCGGGGAUUGAACUGACUGUAUUCACUAAACCGACACUAAAAUAGGUAAACACACAGCUCAGAGCAAUAGGAAUAUCAUAACUUUUGUGGUUCUAUUUCAGGUAUAGGAAUUUAAAAAAAAAAAUCAUUGGUUCUUCUAAAGCAUUUGUCCCAUUUCAUUCUCUCAUUCUCUUAGCAUGUGCAAUACUUUGUGUGCCAAUAGUGAGCUAUCUAGUUAAAGUUCAUUCCCUGUGGGCUUUUUCCUUGUUCUGUGGGUCGACCUUCCUUCCCCUUGCUGACCAGAGAAACACUGGUGGGAAGGAGCCAGGAGAGGCGAGCCUUCUUGCUUUCCCUUAAUGUGGAUCCAGAGUACUGGGGUAAGGGAGCUGUGUGUCUGUCACCAGGACAUAGAGUCAUCCAUCCAAGGAGACCGGAGGGAAACGCUUGCUGAGAAGGCCCAUCGCUCUGCACUCUGCGAAGGCCCUUCACUCUGUAGUGAACCUGGAAUGCGCCAAGGAGGCAGAUGGUUCCUAGAACACGCUCUGGAGCCGUGUGGGCUUGGAGCCCACUUUUCAGUCUCUUCCGGGUCCUUGAGACUUGGCUCUCUGCCUUUGAGCACCACCAACUUACUGCAUAUCUGCAAACGUGCGUGUGUUCUGAGCAUGCACACCGGUGGCUUUGGAGGGGACCACCUGGCAACCACAGUCACCAUUUCCUUGUGACAGCUUUCUCCUCAAAUAGGAAGAGCACACAGAGGCAGGAGCCACCUCUGGUUUGCAGACACUAGGGGGGCCCGCCAGACUCCUGGGGCAGCUGCGGUCACCCUUCUGUGUAGGGAGCACAGUCAUGGCUGUGCCAUCGGCAGACAAGGAUCAGCCACGCGCCUCUGUACCUGUCCUCUUGGCAAUAUUCUACCAACAGUUGUCUUUCAUUCUCUCUUCCUGCUUUCCAUUUUUUAACAAAUAACAGCAGGCCUUUUGCGUUUACAAUGGAACACAAUCACCAAGAAAUUAGUCAGGGCGACGAGAAAACAUAGUAAUAUUACUAAUAAGAAACCAACAAACAAGAACCUCUCUUUAUAGGGAUUUCUAAAUAUAUAAAAUGACUGUUCUUUAGAAUGUUUAACUUUAGAAUUCUUUCAGUUUGUCUGGGCCACCUUGGGGGUCAGCAGGGGGUGGGGUAGGGAUUGGGAAGAGAAGGCCAGGGAUGCCACUUACCUCAAAUCUUUUUAGAAGUGGAAAUCCCAAUUGCAUUUUUUUUGUGGGGGGGAGGGGCUUGCAGGAUAGUUGUCUAUGUUGGUCACAUUUUGCUUUUCUCAAUUCUUCCAGCUCAGUUUGGGAUGGCCGGAUUCUUAUGGUGGUGGUGGCAGCAGAACGCCCUUAACUCUGAAUUCUGACCUUGUAUGUUUUCUGUUAGGUGAGCUUGUUGGGUUCCUCCCCUCCUCCCUGACCCCCACCAGGAAGUGGCAGCAUCCUUCCUUCCCCCCUGCAAGGAACUCUGCGGAACCUUUCACACCUCUUACUCAGGGAUGGGGCUGGUGUGUGUGUGGAACACGGACGUGUUCAGCAACAGCACUUUGGACUGCUCUGGAGUAGGGUUGUACAAUUUCAAGGAAUGUUUGGAUUUCCCCGCAUCGUGUGGAUUGCUCCUUAGCUACUGCACAGAUUGCAAUAUAAUGCUGCACGUUCAAGACGAACAGUAGCUCCUAGUGAUCAGAAAAUCCACUCUUUGCACAUAGUUUGAUCUUUACUGAAAUACGUUGCCAAAAUCUGUUUUUGUUGUAGCUUUGAGUUUUUCUUUCUUUUAUUUUUUUUUAAAGGAAACAAUUGACAAUACCCUUUAACAUCUGUGACUACUAAGGAAACCUGUUUUGUAGAUGCUUUUGAAGACACUAACACCUAUUUCUGACAUGGGUGAGGAGGCAGAGCUCUCGGGAUAGAAAGCCAGACUUUUUGAGCUGUGUUGGUUGGCAUGGCAACUGUUUCCUGAGCCACAAGCCACUCAACAAACUGGUCUGUUUUGUCCUGGAAACCCUCUGCCCUUCCAAAAUUUCCUAGUCGGUCCCCUUGGACUCCAGGGGAAUGCAGGGCCUCAGUCUCCAGGGCCCAAUCCAGUUUCUUUGGUGGUUGAGAUGAAAGGCAAGAGAAUUAUACUUUGUUAUUUUCUAAAAGUGGAGCAAAGGCCUUUGCUUCCAUGGUUGUGUUUUGAACCCAGAAUUUCUGAAAUAGAGAAUUUAAAGACAAAUGGAGUAAUAACUAUAGAGAAUCUACUUUUUUAUAAAGCACAUGCAUAUGACCUGUUGUGUUGGGUUGGGUUCCUCCCUUUUCCAUGGACAGUGCUGUGUUUCUGUUCCUAUGGCAACUCCAAACAGUUUGCACAUCUUCUACUCUGGAGCUGAGAUUCCUUUCACAUAGAUGACCUCGCUUCAAACGUUACCUUACUUACUGAUAGGCUUUUUUUCUUGUAGCACUAUACCUUGUGGGAAGUUUUUUCUUUUCUUUAAAGUACACCUAAUUUGAGCAGCCAAAGGGGGAGGGGGAUGGGAGAUUUCUUUUUUUUUUUUUUUUGAGGCACUCACUUUGGGGAGUACAGAUAAUUUUUUUUAAUUGCACAAAAGAAAAAUGAAUGUUGAGAUGAUUCAUUCAGUGUUUGAAAGAGACAGAUCUGUUGGAACCGUGAGUUUCAUAUUUUGUGUGUAAAAAAAAAAGACAAAACAGAGGAGGGAUGAAAGUUACAUGUUUUGGGGUUUUAUUUUUCUUGUAUAUAGGAAUUUGUCGUCUUGAUGAUCCAAUUUGUAUGGUUAUGGCCUGGAAGAAUUAUGACGUCAGCGGCUCUUCAACUAUACUAUACCUAUGCUUACUGUUCUGUUUUUGUUACGUGCGGUUCUUGUGUGAAGAAUGGGAAAUUGUAUUCCACUAUUUGAGGAUACUGUCCAUUCCUAGGCCGGAAGUACUUCUCUAAGUUCCCUUCUUAAGCCAUUGCAACUUCUUUUCUUUGGAUGAUGUCUGACAUUUUCAGCACUUCCUGUUCCUAUAAACCCAAAGAAUAUAAUCCUGAACAUGAAGUGUUUCUAUAAGGGAUCCUCCUUCCCAGUAAGACAGGACUCGCAUAGGGACAAAAAAGAAAAAGAAAAGGGGCUUUCCUUCUGCCUCCCACCCCAUGCCUCAUUUACAUGGGGGUUAAAAACAUCAAUUCCAAUUUGAAUGCCUGGCUUUCAUUUUGAUGUUUCUCAAGUAGAGGCCAGAAGAAAGGCGGCAGAGCGGUUUGUCAGAGUUAGAUUCCUGUUCAACAGUUGAGCUGGGUGGUUCAAAUCGGACAGUUUAAGGGCAGUAAGCACACCCUAGUUUUGAUUCUUAAAUUUGGGUUUGGGUCCCCUCCCGUACUGUGCCAGUCUUGUAGCUGACAUUCACCUUGACCGAGGCAGAAGAGGGGACGGUAGCUUCAGCUCUUCACAUCCCGACUCUUGCAUACAGGAGCUUCGCCUGUAUCCCAUGCCAUGAGUUUGGCCAUUAGGUAGCAUCUACACAAAUCAGUCUACAAGAGCUCCCCUAACACCCUUUAGCUGAAAGGACUCAAGUCUUCAGCUGCAGAACACUUGCAGACUCCAUCCACUCAAUGUUUUCUUGUUCCUUUGCUGUCUGGAUGGGCAGUCUGAAGGCCUGUGUGGGAAGAAGCCCUGUUUACAGUAACCCUUACCAAGAUACCGCACUGUCCCCUAAGACUACCCAGCUGAGAUGACACUGGCUUAGAACUGUUGUCUUGAAAGAUAAGUUCCCAAGACGGAUGGUGCCUAGGUUUCUCUUGGUUCUUACCCACGCCACCUACUCUGAAGUUAUUCUCUAGACCAAGAGUGGGAUGAAAUGUUGAGUCAGUGAGGCAUAACCCUGACAACCCACCAAGGUCCUGGUCCUGGUCCUUCUCUGUGACUACUGCCCCUCCCCCACCCACACCGCUCAAGUGUAAUUCCCGGGUGGUGCCGACUGAAAGGGGGUUGCAACAGAGUCCUGUCAGUAUUUGUGGUGGCCUUUCAAUAAGACAGUCUUCAUCUCUAACCAGUAGAGUCCUGGCCCUAAAGAACCUGAGAUCCGAACCAGCGAAGGUUUUCACAUCAGGUUCCCAAACCCUCCAAUUUCCAUUCAUAUGCCUCCCACAGGCCAAGGGGAAACACACCAAAACUUGGGCUGAGGGUACUAUCAUGUGGAGAACUAGGGAAAAAAAAGUUUUUUGCACCUUAUUGAAAAGAAACUUUUAAGUGCAUACAUAGUUAAGAGCUUUUAUUGUGACAGGAGAACUUUUCCAUAUGCGUGCAUACUCUCUGUAAUUCCAGUGUAAAAUGUUGUACUUGCACUAGCUUUUUUAAAACAAAUAUUAAAAAAAUGGAAGAAUUCAUAUUCUAUUUUCUAAUCGUGGUGUGUCUAUUUGUAGGAUACACUCGAGUCUGUUUAUUGAAUUUUAUGGUCCCUUUCUUUGAUGGUGCUUGCAGGUUUUCUAGGUAGAAAUUAUUUCAUUAUUAUAAUAAAACAAUGUUUGAUUCAAAAUUUGAACAAAAUUGUUUUAAAUAAAUCGUCUGUAUACCAGUACAAGUUUAUUGUAUAAUACUCGUACUAAUAAUAAAAUAACAGUGCCAAUUGCAA